GCCAGCAGUUUAAAUGGCACUUCGCUCGAGGCUCUUCUAAAUCCACCUAUUUUAUCCCAUUUUCGACCCUAAACCUCCCGCAAACCGACUGACACCGAGCGAGCCACCCUGCGGAGAACAAGUGGAUCGAAGGGAUGAUGGAGGAAGGGAGAGAAGGCGAGAGAACAAGGAGGAAAAGAGAGUAAAGCGAGAGGAGUCCGAGGAACCUGGUAUUCUUAGAAACUCUGGGGGAAAAUGGCUGAGCAGACGCAGCCCUCGAUCGUGAUCCACGGUGACUUGACGUCAGUAAGCCAAACUGACGCAGAGUCUUAUGCUGACCCACGUAUCUGUUUGGUUGGUUGUUUAGCUGAUGACCCUGUAGCACUUGAAGCAGCUAAGAAAUUUAAUGUCCCUGUGGUGACGUCCGAAACUGGUGAAGAAUAUGCUUCAGAUGUAAAUUAUUGUACAUAUUUUGUUGUAACUGAUUUUGAGAGUAAAGAGUUUGAGGAACUUCACAAACUUGGUGCAAGAUUACUUGGAAAGCCAGCAUUAUUAGAACUGUCAAAAGAUGGUGUCUUAGUUUACAAUCAACGACCAGUCUUUUGCCAUGUGAUGAUAGGUGUUGUUCUGGUCUUUACUGGGUUCAGAAAAAAAGCAGAAGUCUCAAGACUGCUAAAGCUGGUCCACUAUAUGGGUGGUAGUGUGAAGAAUGAGAUCAGAGAAAAUGUCACCCACCUCUUAGCCUAUUCAUCUACUGGGGAAAAAUAUCAGUACGCCACAACCUUCAACAUUCCCGUCAUGGGUGAGGAUUGGGUUCACGCCGCGUGGGCUCACAGAGACGAAGUGGGAGCGCGUGCAGAUAUCAACAGCAUGAUGAAGUACAAAAUAAAAGUGUUCCACAACCUGAGAAUGGUGCUCUUGGGCUUCCCCUCUGAAGAUCAGGGGCAGAUGGAAGACCUUGUCCGGCAGAAUGGAGGUGUGCUGACCACAUUGGAUGACCAGCAUGCAACUCAUGUGGUGGUAGAAGAACAAAGUGUGACUGAAAAGCCAGCAGAUUGUCCACCGCGUGCACAUGUGGUUAAGGCAGAAUGGUUCUGGACCUCUAUCCAGAUGGAUGCUUGUCCCAAUGAGAAGCUACAUCUCUUUGAGGAAAUGAACUCGAGUAGUGUCAUGAGCCCACGGCAAAUGUUUGUCUCACCAAGUACUCCAGGCUCCAGAAGUAGAAGACGUAAACGGUUGAGAGAGACUGUGCAACAGUUGGCUCAGGAUGACUCCCCAUCAACACUUCCUACAGCUCCUCCAGCAAGCAAACGAAGAUCCUCAGUGGGUGAUUUAGCUUACCUGUCAGCUGAUGGUUCAUUCUUGGACGAAACCGUUCCCACCCCAAACAGGUUGAUUGGCAGAUUUCCCAAUGAAGUAGACGGUGCCGAUGCUACUCCACUCAGCCCACCCUCAGUUGACCUGAAGCAGCUGUCAGCUCGUCAGAGAGUUUUCCAUGAGCUGGUCAAGACUGAGUGCAACUACGUAAACAUUCUUGACACCAUUGAAAAAGUUAUAAAAGCACCUCUGGAAAACAUAGUCCAACCGGGUGGACCAAUGUUAGAUGCACAAGAAUUAAAAUUCAUAUUCGGCAACUUACCUCCAAUCCAUGAAGUCCACAAGCGCAUGCGGAAUGAUCUUCUUCAGUUGGCACAUAAUUGGUCAGAUGAUGCUAGUAUAGGAGAUAUCAUUUUGAAAUAUUCUUCUGACUUGCAAGCAGCUUAUCCACCUUUCAUCAACUACUUUGAAAACAUGAAGGAAAUGCUUCAGAGAAUUUCCAUCGAACGACCGAGAUUUCAUGCUUUCCUCAAGAUUGCGCAGAACAAACCAGAGUGUGGCCGGCAGAGCUUCCAGGAACUUCUGAUUCGGCCGGUGCAGAGAUUACCAUCCAUGAGCCUUCUUAUUAAUGACAUCUUGAAACAUACAGAAAAAGCUUCCCCAGACCAUGCAUCUCUAGAACAAGCUCUUGAUCAAAUCAAGUCUGUUAUGACAUAUAUUAAUGAUGACAAGAGAAAAACAGAAGCCAAAUUAAAACUCUUCGAAAUCCACAACGAUAUUGAAAUGUGUCCUCCUAACUUGGUGGCAUCUCACAGACUGUACUUGAGCAAGGUGGAUGUCACAGAGUUGAGUGACACGUGUAGUGGUCGAGGUGACACCCUCACCCUCUUCCUCUUUAAUGAUGUUAUGGAAAUCUGCAAGAAGAAAAGCAAGUACAACAGCAUCAAAAGUCCGAGCAGAGCAAAUCUCCAUGCCAUUAAGCCUAUCAAGACGUACAAGCACCUGGAGAUGAUGAACCUGGCCCAUAUCAAGAGAAUUGUGGAUAUCAGAGAGACAGAAGAAUGCCACAAUGUUUUUGCUCUAAUCAUUCGAGCCAACCAGGAGUUCAAGGAGCGUCUUUUUACCUUCGCGCUCAUGCCUGACGACACAACAAAGGCUGCUUUCCUCAAGAUCCUUUGUCGAACUGUUGCCAAUGUUGUGUGUAGGAAUGAUGUGGAGAAUUUCUUGGUUUCAAUGGAUCCACACCAUUUAGACAUAGAGACCAGUGAUGUCAGUCUAACCAAUGCUCUCAGCAAAGCCCUCAGAUUUGCCACGCGGACUGGCAGGAAGGUGAGCCGUGCCUUCAGCUUUAACAAAUCCCCCAGUAAGUUAAAGCGAGCCGUGUCAACUGUGAUGAGCCCCUUCGGCACACUCUCCCAACAGUCGUCUAUGAGAGGAGCAACGAGUGUCAACAACCUGGCUGAUCUCUCUCUCUCAGGAACACCACCUAGCGGGGGCUUUGCUCAGCCAAUGGCCACUCCCACUCCCCGCAGACGCCCUCUCAAGCAUGUAUGAUGGCAUUUUUGUGACAGGAGGGCUCAGUGAAGGCUUCAGUACCAGCUUUUUUACUGAGACAAAUGAAGAAGUGACUCCGCAACAAAGGACUAGCGUAUGAGGUGCACACCCUACGGGUCUGUCCUGCUUAUAAAUGUGAAAUCCAGGAUACCGAUUAAAACUUGCUGUGUUUGAAUAUUUUUAUGUCUUAAUUUGUUACCACAAGUACAAAACCAGUGCUGCAGCCAAAUGUUACACUUUGUGUGAAUGAUGAGGUAGAAUGAUUGUAUGGUAUAUUGUAUUAUUGUAUUACUCUCAAAGACAGAAGUUGUCAUAACUAGAGAACUUGCCUGGUAGGAGAGAAAGUUUAUUAUUUUUAUUUUCAUUAUUAUUAUUUUCUUUUUUUUUUUAUGUAUACAGUCUGACUUAUCUCCAAGAAUUAUCAUGUAGAAAAGUAAAUGGAUCAAUUUAUAGAUUUGAUAAUCAAAUGGGAUGUAGUCUUUUAUCAAUCAGAAUGGAGAUGUAUAUGUGUAUGGAGAAUGGACGAGCAUUUCGGAGACCUUUAGUUCAUUUACAAAUUUGUUAUGUAGAUGACAUGCAUAAAGUAUACAUUUGAUAAAUUCAUCUUGUAUAAUUCUAUGUAAUACCACCAGUAACUUUAUGAAAUAGAAGAUUGUAAAUGAGGAUGUACCAGAUGGUCAUUAAACAGAAAUGUAGUUAUAAGCCAGUGGUAGAUUUUCAUAUUUCAUGUUUUUUAUUUUUAUAUUUUUUAUUCAUCCAUUACAUAUUUUAUUUAUUAUUAUUAUUAUUAUUAUUAUUAUCUUUAUUAUUAUUAAUAAUAAUAUUGAUAUGAUUAUUAUUAUCAUUAUCAUUUGGUUUGUUUUACUAGAGUUCAAGUUCGAUCUUGUAAGUUCAUUUGAGAGUAUAUACAUAGAAUAGAAGAGAAUGAGGUGCAGUUGAUUUAGUUGAGGAAGGGCAAACCUAUGCCCAAUAUAAGCAAUACAUUUCAAGCAUGCCAAAUAGGAAUUUUUCCCACAGUAUUGUGCCUGGUUUGUAUUUAUUCAUUUUUGUAAUUUUUCUAACCUGCUUGUAGCUAUAAAACCAGUUGCAUAAUUAACAAUAACUCCCCCCUUUACACCGCAUCAUCCUUUCAGUAUUUAUAUAUCUACACAAAUUAUGGCAGCAAAGAAAUAAGAAGCACUAAUCAAGUAGCACAGACACAUCUCUUGGACAACUGUUAGCGUGUUAAGGCUCCUAACUUUAGAUCUGGCACAGGAAGGGUCCGUCAUUCUCACUAGAAAAAUUACGACAUGUAUCAGACAAGCUUCAUAACAGACAUUCAUUGAUAAACCAACUGCUGUAGCAUGUGUCACUUGAGAAGGAUGUCUUCGCAGUUACUAUUCUUUAAAUGUGCUAUUUCUCUGUUUAUUUUAUUUGUUUAUUAUUAUUAUCGUUGUUAUUAUUAUUAUUAUUAUUUUAUUAUCAUUAUGAUGAUUAUUUUGAUAAUAAUUAUUGUGACCUAUGAAUUGAUUUUUGUUGCUUCAUGGAAAUUCAUUCACUUUUUCCUUUUAAAUGGAAAUUCAAAGUAAAGAGGUCCAACAUGAAUUGCUUGUUUGCUUAGAAGGCAAAAGGUAACAGAGCGUGGAUGACCCGAAGGCAGUGUAGCAUGCUCUGGCUGUUUUACUGGGAAGUGGAAUAUUCUUUCAGGCUUUGCCAUUGUUUUUGUGACUUACUUGUCAUGAGCCAUGGGAGUUUCUUGCUGUGAGGCUCGUCUCAUGUUUCAAAUGUUGCAGUAUAAUUGCACGUCACUUUUUUAACCAAGGAAACUUGCUCAGAUUGAGCUAGCAUGUUGUCCAUUGAAUGGACAAGGACAGUUAGUGAUGAGGCAUGCCAUCUAACCUCGUGUGAUGUAUGGGAUAUGUUGGUUGCCCCCCUCCCCCCUUUCCCACUCCCCCAAUCCAUCAAUGUUCAAAAAUUUCUUGAUAAUGUACCUUUUUAUGUGGGUCUGUGCCUUUCUUGUCAUGCAACAUUAGUGUCAUCCCCUAUCAUCGUCAUUCUCAUCAUCAUUAUCAUCCCUUUUUUUGUUAUUUUUUUUCUGCUUCUCGUAGUAUUUGCUUUAACUGACUUUUGGGCAAUAUAGGAAGUGCUCACAGUCCCUCUUCAGAUAAUUUCUUCCCAUGUUUAUGGUGCUCCUAUUCAUAAUGCAUAUAUACACAUAUAUUUUAUGUCUGCAAAAUUACAUGAAUGAUUGGUUGCAAAUACUUAUAAUACUUAUACUUUAAGGAUGAUUUGUUAUACCCCACUAUCUCAUAUAAUUGAUGUAAUAUUAUACUCAUAAGGUUUCUAUUUGCAAUGGCCGAUUUACAUUAUGUAUUUGACUCCCACACUGUGUACAAGAGACAAAAGGACGCAAUUUUAUGUUAGAAAAUUAAUGAUGUCAAGUUUGUUUAGGUGAAAACCUGCUCAAGCUUGGCCUAAUAAGGUUCAACAUGUGCUGCUACUGAUACUACAAAGCAAAGUUGUUAAAACUUUGUUGGAUUUAUUCACGUUUUUUUAACUGAAGUAAGAUACUCAUGGAGCAAAGUACCUCAGCAUUUAUAUGAAACGAGACAGAAAAGUUAUUUAUGAUUUUUAUUUAUUUAUUUAUUUUCUUGUACCUUAUUUUCAGUAGUUAUACUUAGGUGCUCUAAUUUGAUAUAUUGGGGGUUCUGUUACAAAAAUUUUUGCUUUGUUAUUUUCAUUUCUUUUUAUUAAAUGCUUUCAUUUUUGUCAUGCAGUUUGCUCUGUUUAAGUAACAGGUGUUUUGUAUUAAAAAAAAUAUACAUCUCUCAAAUUUGCCACAACAUUUAGGUUGAUUCAUUGAUGGUUGUAAUUAUUAUUUUUUUGUUUUUUUUAUUUUUUUGAAGUACAAUACAGUAAUGCUUUUUUUUAUGUGGGGUACUUGCUUCUGUCAAAAUAGGUGGACAAUCCUGUUUUAUUUGCCUUAUUUGUUGGUACAAGAAUUGAAAAAACUUUACAUUAUAGAUCCACUUCUAGCUCUGUCUCAAACAUUCCAGUUUCUUGUUUUCAACAUAUAUUUUGGUCGAGUAGAACUUUUAGAAGAAAAAAAUAUUCAGAAUGAUACAAACUUUUUAAAUCAUCGAAAGUCUUCCAUGUAAGCAUUGUUGAUAUUAAUGCUUGACUUAGGGAUAUGUUAUUUUUCCGAGGCUUAGUGAAUAAACACCUUUUGGAUUA